AAAAAUUGCACAAGUGUAAGUCGUAUAUUGAAAAAUCGGAGAAGGAUAAGCACAGAAAGAAGAAGGAAGAAAAAAUAUCCAGCAGGGACAAAGAGGCGUAAUACGUAAAAUAUAUAUUACAGGUAUACGUAUAAAUAUGUAAACGUAUAUAGUUAAAGUACUGCUGAGGGAAAGAAAGGAUAGGUUCGAACAAAGUCGAACAGUUUCGAAAAUGGCGACCAAGAUUCGUGGUAGCUAUACAUGGUCAGCAGUAACGAAACCAUUAUUGGCAAUAUCACAAGGUUCAUUUGAUAAAAAUGAUAUCUUGGAAUUGGCGAAGAGCAUUGUUAUACGUGAAUAUGACUUCCUCUCUAAGGGAGAACUUUAUGAAACCUUUUAUACAUCUGUGGCAGUGCUUGCUGCAGAUUAUUUCUGUAGUUGCAUCAGUACGUUUUCUAAAAGUCAAAUAUCCAUAGUUUGUCAAGCAUGUAGAAUAUUGCUUCUUAGGCUCAUGGAUAAGUUGUCUCAGCAUCAAGAACAGUUAGGAAAUGGAACUUCUACUGUUUUAAGUACGAAACAGCUGUUACUUCCGAUACUUGCCCUUUGUACUGGACAAUCUUUACUUUCAUCCACCGAAGAAGCAGCCUUGAUUGCUAUGAUAAAAAGUUCCAACAUACCGCAUGACAUUAAAUCGCAGCUAUCCCCCGAAGCUGAGAAAGAUACCUCUCAAUCGUGUAAAGAUUCUGAACGAAUACAGUGUGAUUUAUCUGGUAGCAUUUUAGAACAACUAACUAUGCCGUUGCAAGGUUCUACGAUGCCGAUGCCCGUUGUUGAAAAUUCCAACGAGGCUAAAACAAUGAAUGACAGUGUUGUCAGUGAAAUUCACUCAGACAUAAAGACAACAUUUGUUACAAAUAAUAUAAAUAUUCUGCGAAAUAUGGAUGUGGGAGACACGCUGUUAGAUAUGUGUUUGAAUCUUCCUCACUUGUCGUGUUAUACUCGCAAAUAUCAGUCAUAUUUGCACAAAAAAAGUUUCACUUUGCCUGUGAAUGCCUCCGACGCACAUGCUAUACGUCAUAAUUUACAUUCUGUGUCAAACGACAUUAAUAUGGUUCACAACGUAAUAUCAUUGCCUUUUUUAGAACCUCUAACUCCAGGCAAGCUAGAAAAAUUAUCGCUACUGACAAUGUCUUGUUUGUAUUGCUCCAUCGUGUACGCCACUGCAUCGAGUAUCGUUGGUAUAACAAAUGCUGUGUCACCGAAAUGCAGCACGAAUACCUCUGCUGGCACGCAAACCGCUUCGGGUAUUAAAACUGCGGAAGAAGAAUAUGACACUUUGGCGAUUACCGUUGUUGAGAAAAGCCUUGAAAUAUUCGGUCUAGUUUCAAACGUAAUUAAAAACAGCACACGAGCCGGAGGUCAUAUUCUUCAAAAUCAUUUAUUGAUCGGAGUAUGGUUGUUAGUGGCUGGUUUACAAGCUCAACUCACCGUGAGUGGUUUAAGUGCAGCGGAUAAGGGGAAAGAAGAAAAGGGCAAAUCGCCUAGUAAAGCGCGUGAUGGAACAAUUCGCGUCAACCUUACGAAAAUUCAACAAGGUUUUGGAGUACUUUCAGUUGCUUUAGCCUCUCAUACGCUCACGUUAAUGAGUGCUCUGUUGGAAGAUGUUUCCAUUGAAGCAAUUGCUGAUUCCUCGACUCCGCCAGAACCGGCUCCGUUGGAUAUACUAUCCACCGCUACAGCGCUUCAAAGAGCAUUUACUUUUCUACAAGCUGUGCCACUUAAUCACUUGUUGUUUUACUUAGCCACUAUCAGUUACAGAAGGGCUUGUACUUUGAAGAGAAUACAAAAACAUCCGUUUGAAGGCGACGCUUUGAGUCAGUCAGACUCUACGACUUACUAUGAAGAUCUCUUGAGUUGUUCAGACAAUUCUACCGACGAAGAGGAGGACAGCGAACCUAUUUUGGGCUUGUGGUUCGAGGAAACAAUCGCCCCGUCCGACGGAUCGCCGGCGAACGGUACUAAAGAAUCUAACAAUGAAACCAACGCCGAACGAACUGUGACAACUAUCGUUCCUGAUAAUCGUGAACCUCAUGGAUAUAUAUCACUGGCCACUAAAAUUUUUCAAUUUAUGAACCAACAUUUGAUUGGUAAUAGAAGUUUGUACGUUCGUGAAUAUGUAGUGAAUGGUUUGGUCGAACAACAGAUGGUAAUAUUAGCAGCAAUAAUCAGAGAUUUGGACCAUGAAACUGCUAGGACAGAGACCGGUACUAUAUCGGUGUUCUACGGUGCCACACUGGGCACCAUGUAUUCCGAAUUUUCUCAAGCUUUGAGUCUUUACACGCAUAAUCUACUUGUUCAAAACACAUUGAGCGAAAGUUUGCAAAACACCCUUCUUCAGCAUUUAGGUGUGAAUCCAUGGUCUGGAACGGAAAGUACAACUCCAUGUACUUGGCCUCUUCAAGUAUAUCCACGAACAUUAAGUGUGUUGGCACAGGUUCUCCUAUUAAAGCCUCGAGCGGAGAAAGAAGCGGCCUGUAUAAGCAUAUGGCAUCGUUUGAUCACGACUAUAGUUGAAAACGUGUGCAAUCCACCUUCCACGUUUGAGGCAGAAAACGAAGAUUUGAACGUGGAGCACGCUCAACUGGUUUUGAUUCUAUUUCACUCUCUUAAUUUCAUGCAAAAGAAAUCGGUGCUGCUUGUAACUGGCAGCGGCGCUGUACGUUGCAGCGAGGCAGUUAAAACUCCAAUGAAAGAUUCUCAGUUACUGCAUUUAUCGCGAUUAUUGUUGUUGCUCGAAUAUAUGAUGAAACAUCUUUAUGACGCCCCACCUGCGUUACUUGAACAAGUUCGAUGGAAUUUGUUUUCUGCGACGAGUUUGGUUUGUGAUGUCAAAGAUGGUAAUAAACAAACGGCUCGAAUUUUUACGCCAUGGACAGUAAUCGAAGACAAUUAUCGUAAAAUUGAUAAUCAAGAUGAAUUUUCAAUGAAACCUCGGUUUUAUAAUCUUUCCACCACAGAUUUCAAUAAUCAGGACACUCCCAAAUUGGACGGAGUGGCUUGCAAUUUCAUUCUGGGUGCGCCAGAUAAAAUGAAGUAUCCACUCUUGGUCGAUGCGUUAAUAGAUAUUUUAAAUGUUCUGAAUCAAGCUGAUAUGCAAAAGAGGAUUGGCGCUGAUAGCAAAGACAAAACGCCCACUUUCGUAGGAUUAUGCGCAAUUCGUUAUUGUUUCUCCAUAUGUUGGCGAUUAUUGCUAAUGUUACCACCGUCUACUCUGUAUAUGGAUAAAUUGGCUCUUGGUGAGGAAAUCCCUGCUGGGCCAAUGUUGUUGUAUUCUUUGAUUUGGGGACCCAGAGCCGCGUGCAAAACUUUCACCAGUUGGAUGAACGACUGUUUAAUCAGGCAAGGAAUGUACGCGCAAUAUGCAAGAAAUCUGUUGAAAACGGUAUCAUCGACGGUAAACUCUCUCAAAUACGAUGUCACAGUUGCAAAAAACUGCAUUACGGCGUUGAAACCGGAAACUAACUUUAACAAUAAAAUAAUACCGAAAAACGCGUUGCCCAAACUCAGUUCGUUGUGUAUUUUGGCUGCAGUUAUCGGAAAAUUACAAAUUCUUUUCUACGAAAGUCUGUCGAAGAGUCAAAGUGAAACUAUCGAGAGUUCGAAGAGCAGCCAAAGUGCGGAAUCCGGAACUACGAAUGCAAAUAAAAUGAUGAUCAAUAUUCUACCACACGUCCUUUCAUUGACAGAAUCGAUUUUAUUCUCGUAUCGAUCAAAUAUAUUGCACGAGAUGCUCGAAUCUUUCGAAUUAGACGGUAAAUACGGUUCUAGAGAUUAUUGUAUACUUGAUGAUAUCAUCGCAAUGGCAGGCGCAAAUUGGGCGACCGAAGCGUCUUUGAUCACGUUUCUACCGAAUUCGGUAAAAUCAGUCAUAGAUAAGUGGAAGUCUAUCAGCGUUGUUCACAUUCCAUGGAAUACUUACACAAAUGACGUUAUACCGGCAGAGAGUUACAUUCUGGCUACCGUGUGUCAGCAUAUCAGUUCACUUUCUGAAUAUCCAACGUUUUCUAUUAAUCCGUCAUUGAAAAAAUUGUUGCACAAUUUAGUUACAUUUAUAGUGGAGUACGUCACCCCUACGACAGCACCAGAAAAUACGGAUGUUCAUAAUCAAGCGCUGGAUAUUCUUAUUGCAUUGUCUAUGGAUGCUCGCACAGAUUAUCUUCAAGAUAUGACUAACAAGGCAUUGACAAAACUGCUAGGUGAUAGCGAUAGCGAGGCACGUCAGCUACGAGAACAUCUUUUCGUAUUGCAUCGCACCUACAAUUUGAUAAUUGAAUAUACGAGCGAUGUCCAAGAACCUGUCAGUAUUACCGUUGAUGAAAAAAUCUUGAAACGAUGUAUUAAAUAUUGGGAACAACUAUUGGAAAAACCAGUCGGAUGCAAGGCGUUGGAUCUGUUUUUUGCACCGAGCACCAAUCGAUCUCUCGUUUCUAUAUUGUUGUGUGUAACAUCUUCGCGAUCCUCGCAACAAUUUGCCACCCAUGUGUUAAGAUUUUUCAACGUGUUAUUUAAAACAGCUGAGAAAGGAAGCGACGGGUCGUUGGAACGUCUUUGUGGAUCCGUAUCGAAUUUGGCUCACGUAGAGCCGGAAAAGUUGCAAGUAUGGCUGAAACAAAUUAUUUUAGGAGCAACGAAUAUCUCUCCAAAUACAUCUUUGACAAAUGCACAAACCCCAACGAUAGUGACAGCAAAUACACUGGUUGCCGUUGCUGGUACAACUGAAGAUGCCCAGAAGUCGGACGAGGUCAGUAAUGUGCCGAAUAACGAACAGGAUCGAUGGUUGAUUUCGUUAUCAAACGAUUCAGCUAGCAAUAAUCAGUCAACGAGUAUCACCGACGACCAACAACAGCAACAACAACAGCUUCAACAGCAACACUCGAUGCAUGAAAAUAGUCGACUCUUGCGAGCGCUUACAAAUUACAUAGUUAAAGAGAAAAGCAGCGUCGAUCAAGGUGUACCUGUUACGAUUCUUCGAGCCCUUAUACCAUUAGCUUAUCAGAUUCUUUCUCCGACGGUUGAGGGCAAUGGAUUCUCGGAUUUAAUGAAUGUUAUGUCGACGUUAGCCGAUGCUGGUUCCGAGAAAGGGCAUACUCUACUGUUUAAAGCCGGAAUCGAAUGGAUCGAACUUUGCAAGGAACAAUUGAUCAACAAAGAUCUCCAAAGUUUGGAUAAACCGUUGCCGUUCGUUGAAGCUGGCUGUUGUAUACUAAACUACGUGGCAGACGUAGUAAGUGCGAUUUGUCCUCAGUCGAUACAAUCGCAAGAUCGAGCAACUAGUCCACCGUGGGAAGGUGCUACUCCGGUCAACGACGUGAACGAUAGCGAUUGGAUCGAUGACAUUCCACACGAAGACGAAGACAGUGCUGCUGACGAUUCUGACGAUGAUAGCCUUUGUAACAAAUUAUGCACGUUCACUAUCACGCUAAAGGAAUUUAUGAAUCAACAUUGGUAUCAUUGUCAUACCUGCAACAUGGUAAACGGAGUUGGAGUUUGCACAGUGUGUGCUCGCGUUUGUCAUCGUGGACACGACGUCACGUAUGCGAAAUAUGGAAAUUUCUUUUGCGACUGCGGUGCCAAGAACGACGGUUUUUGUCAAGCAUUGACGAAACGGAGCCCUCAAUCGUCGGAACAACACCAAACAAACACAACUGCCGUUGGCUCCGGAAAUACAGCUGCAUCGACUAGCAGUUCGGCUGGCAUUGCCAAUACAAGUUAUGGAAAUACGCUUGGUACGUCGGUCGAGAAUCGAGACCUUCUUCUCACGAGCAGUUUACGACGAAGAACUUCGAGCCCUUUGUACUUGUCUGACAAACAAGAGAGACAAGGGCGUGACAAACAGAGGCAUACGUACUUGGCCAAACAGCUGGAAACGUCAAAGGAUUGGAUACAAGGUUAUCUUUGGAAGAGCGGCUUGGUAUCGUCGUUGGUAGAUUUGACUCGUGCAUUAGUACCGGCAGUAGAUGCAUCGUGUAGAAAAAACUCGGUAAUUGGUUGUCACACGCGCGCUCAGAUGGCACUUAAGCAGUUACACACGGUGGACAAAAAGUUUGAAUAUACAGAUCAAUUGAUGCUUCCCACUCUGGGAUCGCAGGAAGGAGCAUUUGAAAAUGUUCGAAUGAAUUACUCGGGAGAUCAAGGACAAACUAUUAGACAGUUGCUGUCUGCGCAUAUGAUACGUCGCGUUGCAAUGUGUUGUUUAUCCUCGCCCCAUGGUAAAAGGCAACAUCUGGCGGUUUCGCACGAAAAGGGAAAAAUAACGGUGUUACAGUUAGGCGCAUUAUUGAAACAACCUGAUUCGUCGAAGAGAAAAUUAACAUUAACGAGGCUUGCUUCUGCACCGGUACCCUUCACCGUACUGUCUGUAACUGGGAAUCAAUGGAACGAAGAUUUCCUAGCAGUUUGUGGUUUCAAGGAUUGUCACGUAUUGACUUUCAAUACAUCUGGUACCGUGUCGGAUCAUUUGGUUCUGUAUCCUCAAUUAGAAACCGGCAACUUUAUUAUAAAAGCAAUAUGGCUGCCUGGAUCACAAACUCAGCUAGCUCUGGUCACUGCGGAUUUUGUAAAGAUUUACGAUCUUGCGAAGGAUGCCCUUUGCCCCCAAUAUUAUUUCCUAGUACCUACCGGGAAGAUAAGAGAUUGUACGUUUAUGCAUGCAGAGGAUGGCGUGUUUUAUUUGUUGAUAAUAUCCUCGGCCGGUUACAUAUACGGCCAAGCAAUGGACGAGGUAAGCUCGGCGAAAUACGGACCUUUCUAUGUAACGAAUACCCUCGACGUGUAUCAUCCAGAAAUAAGGGAUAAUGGUCAAGUUGGUGGUGGAGGCGUGUCGAUUUAUUAUUCGCAUGCUUUGCAAUUACUCUUCUUCAGUUAUGCGUGUGGCAAAAGUUUCAUUGCGCCACUUAAAUACAUGGAAACUGACAUAACUACUGUGUUUCAAAUUAAUCUCACUGGUAACAAAAGUUCGAACGGAAAUAAAUCAAACAACAAUCAGCCCCAACCAUUGUGUCAAUGGAGCGAAGUGCCCAAUCAUCCUGGACUGAUCUGUUCAAUUUUGGAGACGAGUAACAAUCCUGUAAUAUUGAUGAUCAAGCCUGAUACGAUAAUGAUUCAAGAAAUCAAAGCUAUCCCUGCCAAAGCUAAGAUAAUGGAUAUGGUUGUCAUAAGGCAUUCAAGUUCAAAUGCCGAGCAUCGAACGACGUUGAUUUUAUUAUGCGAAGAUGGAAGUUUGAGAAUUUAUAUGGCUGGGAUGGAACAAACUGGCUAUUGGAUGUCUCCUGCUGUUCAACCGGUAGGCAUAAUGGCGACGAUUAAACCGGCGCGGAAAAAGAAAACCAUCAAGGCGGGGAAACCAACAGGAUCCGUUACUUUCCCUAUCGAUUUUUUCGAACAUUGUCAAGUGAUGAACGACGUGGAAUUUGGCGGUAACGACUUGCUACAAAUUUACAAUGUUGCCCAAAUUAAGCAUAGGCUGAACACAACUGGAAUGUACGUUGUUUCUACGAAAACAAUGGGAUUCACUGUUGAAGUUACCAACAAUGACGCUGUUUUGGUCAUAACGGGGAUUCGAGUAUUACUCGGGAAUCAGGACGUUCAAAGAGCGCCGGUUUACAUCGAGGUAUUUGGUAGAAGUAUUCGAACAACUGUAAGUAGAAGUCGUUGGUUCGACAUACCUUUGACUCGAGAGGAAAGUCUCCAAGCUGACAAGAAAUUAACUAUCACGUUCGGACCGUCUCAAGAUCCCGAAGGUGUCAUUAUGGUGGAUUGCAUUAAAAUAUAUGGUAAAACGAAAGAUGCCUUUGGUUGGCCUGAAGAAAUAGAGGAUGUCCCGACAGGUCAGUCAACGUCUGCACCACUAACCACGAUAAACAGUGAGACAGAUAGUGCCCUAUCUGCACCUGCUUCUUUAUCUUCUGUCGAUAGCACAACAAAGGACAAUUCCCUUGAUAUCGAUAGGAUGAUCGCGGGUAUGUUGGAAGUUUUGGAAUUAUCUUUCAAUGUACCCUCCAACGACGAGAACAAGCUAUCGUUGAAAGCAACAGCUAUCGAGGUAGCGUCGCAAUUACUCAUAUUACCGACUCCUCCUCCCGUACAAGUGCAUACAACCGCACUUCUAGCUGCUUUACACCCGUCCAAACAGGCGUAUCAUCUUCAUAAAGAUUACGUACUAUUGUCACACGUACUGGACUCGUUGAAGUCGAUGAGAGAACUCGAGGAUGCUCGUGACAUAGAUGCAGAAAACUUUUAUAGACUGGUACUUAUAGUUCGGAGUAUAUCCAUAUCACGACCACAAAAUUUUGCCAAGUUUACCGAACAAUAUACAAACAAACCAAUAGACGAAACCAACGUACCAAUUUUUGAAAAGGAUCGACAAAAUGUUAGCCAGCCUCGUAAGAGUACAGAUGAAAAUCAGCAACAUUUAGUGGUACAACUUAUGGAAAUGUUGUGGUCUUUGCACAUGGCUUAUCCGAAGAAUAUGGCUCUUGCACCGGUCGUAGUUCCAGGAUUAACCCACGCCGAAGGAACGAUUCAUGCGAUUGUUGAAAUAAUCCACUCGUUUACGACGUGUGAUGUGGAGAGAAAUAUUCCCUUGGCUGCUAAACUAUAUUUACAGUUAUUACUGUCAUCUGACACGACCAUCAGCUUUACCGUUAAGCAGGCAAUAAUUCGUGUGCUUCGACCGAGGUACAAAAGAAGAAGAGUUUAUAUACCAAGUCCCCCUAAUUGUAGCACACCGGGCACGGCCGUGGACGCGGAAGAGAAGCCAACAACGUCGUCCGUGUCUCAGUCACAUCGAGAAUUGCCGACAGCCACGUCAACGGUGUCGACCGGGAUCGAUCGGGAUACGGAACAUUUGGAUGCGGAAGCGAUUGGCUCGUCAGUGAUCGAUCCUCUGGCAGUGAUGCUGGCAACGGAUGGCAAUCAAAGUUCAACUGCUCCUACAACGAGUGCGGUAUCUGCUAGUAUAAGCAGAAACUCAGCUGGUGGUAGCGCUAGCGGUGCUGGUGGCACCAGCAGCAGCAGCAGCAGCAGCGGACCGAUAGCAAGGGGAGCGGUAAAUCCUUUGGAAACGUUGCUCGGGUCAGGAAGUUUUCCACAGAUGUUGGACGUACCGCCGGAUACCGACGACGAAACGAUGGUAGAAUUAGCAAUCGCGCUUAGUUUACAAGACCACGAAAGUGGAAACGCCGACUUGCAAGUACUGCGACAAGGAUUCCAACAAAGUCUGUCGAACUUGCAAGGAUUGGAAAACCUUCAAAACUUAAACGGACCGGCAUUGCAAAGCUUGCAAGCACUGGCAGCGCAAGGUUUGGUCCAAGUUCAAAAUACAAAUCAGGGUCAAGAAGGUGGAGGUCAUUAUUCAGACACGACCGCUUCUGCUGGAGGCUCGGACGACGAGGGAUCAACUGCUGCCACAGACGGCAGUACGCUGCGGACGUCGCCGGCAGAACAAGGUGGUAGUGGUGGUAGCAAGGGUAGCGAGAGCGGUGGGAGCGAGAGCGGAGGAAGUGCUGUAGACAGCAUGACAGGGGAGCAUAAUGUAUCGGGAAGGAGCUCCGCGUACGGAGACAAUGGUCCCGAUUCUAUACCUCCGAUUGGAGGAAUUGGAGUCAACCAAGCGCAACGUUCCGAAACUAAUUCCGUGGGUGUUCCCGCGGCUUUUACCGUUACCGAGCAAGAAGAAGGUACGGAACAAGAACACGUCGCGGAACAGGAAAAUGACACGAGCUGCGAAACUACUGCAAAACUGCAUACGAUACGAUUAUUAUUGCUGGAUAAACUCAUGCGGUUCGUACCAAAUUUGACGAACGUGCCUGGUGUCUUGACUGUUCCAUUUAUGCAGGUGCUACUGAUGUUAACUGCCGAUUUAGACGGGCAAGAAGAGAAAGAUAAAGUUUGUGUCGAACGACUGCUUCGAAUAUUGGUGACGGAAUUAGAAAUGGACAAACCGGACACGAGUAACAUAUGGCAGCGUAGCAACAAGCGAGAAGUUCAUUUGGUCAUUAUGCGAUUGCUGAGUGUUUUAAUGUCUCGUUCGAAACACACUGCGAAAACGCAAGCGGAAAAUUCAAAUUUUAUCUCUCAAAUGGCAGCUGCGAUACUCAACAAGGCUGGAGUAAUCGAUUAUUGCUCGACGUUGUUGAAAGCGUUGUUAGAAUAUUGGAAAACAACGUCGACCGAAGAGGCCGAUACCAUCCUUGGUGGCCAAUUGCUUAAAGAACAUCUCACCACUUCUCUGCCGGACAUGUCGCCGCUUUUUUUGCGACAACAUGUCAAGGGACACGCUGGAGAUAUAUUCGAACCUUAUCCACAAUUGCUGACGGAAAUGGUGUUGCGAUUACCCUAUCAAGUAUACAAAUACGCUGAAAGCAGUUCGACACAGUCAGCUUUCGAACAACCUUGGUACUUUUAUCUCUGCGAGUAUAUGAUGUCUUACCAAACGCCACUCGUUAGAAGACAAGUACGCAAAUUACUGCUGUUUAUUUGCGGUAAUAAGGAAAAGUACAGACAACUGCGGGAUUUGCAUGCCCUGAUCUCCCAUGUUCAAUCGGUUCAACAAUGCUGUACCGCUGGCGGAUUUGAUCCUCUUCAGACACGCCCACACUCCAUCAAUUUACCGUACGAUUCGUUGGUAGAUUUGAUCGAACACCUGAAAUGCUGUGUAGAAAUUGCUACAAGUCGCACAGGAAAUUGGCAGCGAUUCUGUUUAAAGCAGAACACGGUGCUCUCUUAUUUGUUUACCAUAUCGACGUUGUUGGACGAAGGCGUUAGUCCCACGGUGUUGCAACUCUUACAGUGCGCCAUAUGCUCGAGCAACAAAUCGAAAGAAACGACGGCCACGACGACGGCCACGACGACGACGACGACGAGCAGCAAUACGAAUGGCAAUGACGAAUCUUUGGCAAACGCCCAAGUUCCACAGUCGACGGCGACGAUGGCGCAUCAGCAACAACCUGCCGUCGGAUACGUGAAUCCGCAAACGGUAGGUCGUUGUUACGGGUGUGCGACCGCGGCUACGGAACAUUGCCUGACCUUGCUGCGGGCUCUCGCUACCAAUCAGGUAGCCAAAGAGGUUCUGUGUAAACAAGGAUUGAUACAGGAGCUGGUCGAGCACAAUUUACGCAAGGGUACCGUGCAGAUGCAGGAAGAGGUUCGGCAAUUGCUGUGCCUGGUUACCAGGGACAACGCGCAGUCCACCAAAGAACUUUGCGCUCUGUUGACCGGUCGAAUCACACUGACGCUUCGCGGUCGUGUCGUCACGUCGGACUUGUCGUUGGCGGUGCGUCACGAAAUGGCGCUGCUGGCGGCCUUGAUACAAAAGGAGGACACUUGUUGGGAGCAAAAGCUGCGCUGCGUGAUGCAGUUGUUCUUAAUGGCGUGUAAAGAAUCGAAGAGCCCCGUGGUGAUGGAAAGCAUCAUUUUACCGUGUUUGAAGAUACUGCAAGGUCUGGUGAAACCGGAGCAGCAGCCGGCGGUCUCGGCAAAGAAGAGCAAGGACAGGGGCGCUGGCGUCGAGUCGCUGGCGAGCAUUCAGCCAGCCGAGAGUAUCACCAUCGACGUGAACAAAUGGUUGAACGGUGACGCGAAACACUCGUACUCCGAGUGGAUCCGCCGCGUGCCCGCCGCGAAGAGAAUGGAGCAGCAACAGUCGUCGGGCAGGCCUUCCUUGAAGAAGGAAGAGGUCCGAGCGCUCUACCUGAUGGAGAAGUACGGCCACAGAUGGUACAACCGGUGUCUGAGAGGUGUGCAAGGUGUCCAGCCGUUGAAAUUGGCCGACGGCGCCUGGUUAAAGGAGGUGUUGUUCAACCCGAGUUCGCGACUGGCGCGACAAGUUGCUUGCAACAUGAUAGAGAGUCUCUGUCAGGGGACGGAACGGAAGAAGGAGGUACUCGUGUUGCUCACGUGUUAUCUGGAGGAAUUGCGAACAGCUGGCGAGAGUAGUACGGAAUUUCUGACGCUGUACCAAAGUUUGAUCAGACAGCCGCCGUGGAAACAGUUUCUGGCGGUACGAGGCGUCAUGACAUUGCUCGCGGACCUCUUAACGAGAGAGAUCGAGGAGCUACAUCGGCUGGAGGAAACGACGUUGACCAGCGAUCUGGCGCAGGGCUACUCGCUGAAAAUGCUCACCGAACUGAUGGCCACGUUCCUCGAACAGGAGAACAUCAAGCAACAGUACAAAAGCCGUUUGGUGGGCGCUGUGCUUAACGGUUACCUCUCUCUGAGGAGAUUGGUCGUCCAACGGACAAGGUUGAUCGACGACACGCAGAAGAAGCUGUUGGAACUUCUCGAAGAGAUGACCACCGGGACCGAGGAGGAGACGAAAGCUUUCAUGGCAAUCUGCGUGGAAACUGUGCAAAAGUACAGCGUCGAGGACGUGCGUACGCCGGUGUUUAUUUUUGAGAGGCUCUGUUCCAUCAUUUACCCGGAGGAGAACGACGUCGGAGAAUUUUACCUGACCCUGGAGAAGGACUCGCAGCAAGAAGAUUUCCUCCAAGGUAGAAUGCUGGGAAAUCCUUACAGCAGCUUGGAGCCGGGCUUAGGGCCGCUCAUGAGAGACGUGAAGAACAAAAUCUGCCUGGAUUGUGAGCUGAUCGCGCUUCUAGAGGAUGACAACGGGAUGGAGCUUUUGGUUAACAACAAGAUAAUCAGCCUGGAUUUGCCUGUAAAGGAGGUGUACAAGAAAAUCUGGGUGCCGGAGGGUGGGGAGUGCGAUGCCAUGCGCGUGGUGUACCGAAUGCGCGGUUUGCUCGGAGACGCGACCGAGGAGUUUGUUGAAAGUUUAAACGCCAACAGCGAGCAAGAGAUAAACAACGAAGAGGUCUAUAAAAUGGCGAACGUUUUGGCGGACUGCGGUGGUCUUCAGGUAAUGGUGAAUCGGUUGGCGGCGAUACAAAACGUGAACCGAGCUCGACCGUUGCUUCAAGUCCUUCUGAAACUGUUCCGGCUCUCGGUCAAAGUGAAAAAGAAUCAAGAGGUUUUGAGCAAGUUGGGAGCGGUGACGGUGUUCCUGGACGUUCUGCAACGCUGCCUGGCAACCGAGUCGGAGAACUGGCAGGCAAAAAUUAUCGAGCAACUGUUGGAGAUCAUGGAAACCAUCCUGACGCAUGCCUCCUUAUCCACCCUCGAAGCCUUUUCACGGACGUCCAGCGGCCCUGAGCAUAUAAAAGCGCUUCUCUCUUGCGCCCAAUCGACCGCCGUCAGACAAAGCAACGUGUUACCUCAGCUUGCGCGCGUACUCGCCGCCCUCACGUACGGAAAUCGUGAGAAAAUGUCUCUCCUUUGCGAUUACUUUAAACCGGUGUUGGACUUUUACGAAUUCGAUCACGAGCAUACGCCGGAGGACGAGCAAAAGCUCGAGCUGUUCUGCAUUCUGACACAAGCCAUCGAGCGAAAUGCAAUUGGCAACACUCUCAAAGACUACAUCAUAAGCAUGGGUAUCGUGAAAGAUGCUUUCGAGUAUAUAACCGUGCGCGCCCCUUGCCUCAAACCUACGCUCUUGCGAACCGACAGCGACGAACUGAAGGACUAUAUAUCGAAACCGGCGCUCAAAUACAUCUUGCGAUUUUUGACUGGCCUAGCCACCGAUCACGAACCAACGCAGCUGGCAGUCUCUCAAUUUACUAUCAGCAUCAUUCACAGAUUGGAGCAAGUGUCUUCGGACGAGCAUGUCGGAUCUUUGGCAGAGAAUUUGCUGGAAGCGUUGUGCACGAACAAACGCGUUGCCGAACUGAUCGAAAAGGCCCGACAGCACACGCGUAGCGAGAAGAAACGACUGGCAAUGGCGAUGCGAGAACGACAGUUGGGCGCGUUGGGUAUGCAAACCAACGACAAGGGCCAAGUGGUCGCUAGCGGAGCGAUCCUUCAACAAAUGGAAGAUUUAGGAGACGAAACGGGAUUGGUCUGUGUAAUCUGCCGUGAGGGAUAUAAAUUCAAGCCAAACAUGGUUUUGGCCAUUUACACUUUUUCGAAACGUUGCAACGUCGAAGAGUUCGAAACGAAACAAAGAAAGACGGUUGGGUACAGCACCGUUACACACUUCAAUGUUGUCCAUGUUGACUGUCACAUGUCUGCGGUGAGACUGGCACGUGGCAGAGAUGAGUGGGAAAGUGCAGCGUUGCAAAAUGCAAACACAAAGUGCAACGGACUUUUGCCACUGUGGGGUCCUCAAGUAUUGGAAUCUGCUUUCGCUAGUUGUUUAGCGAGACAUAAUACCUAUUUGCAAGAAUACACCAGUCAUCGGGACAUAUCUUAUCCAUCGACCGUUCACGAUUUAAAGUUGCUGCUGCUACGAUUCGCUCAAGAGAAAAGUUUCCACGAAGAUAGUGGAGGAGGCGGUCCACAAUCAAACAUGCACUUGAUCCCUUAUUUAAUUCACACGGCACUUUACGUAAUCAACACUACGUUGGCAGACGCUCGGGCGGACAAAACGUUGAUUGGAUAUUUGGAAACGCAACCAAAUUCUAGCUGGCUUGAAAGUUGUUACGAGGCAGAAGGACCAUUCUACCAAUGUACCAUGUCACUUUUGCUUCACACGCCAGCUCGCUGGAAAACGUACAGGAUCGUUCAUUUGAAUAGACUAAUUGUUCUUGCUCAUCAACGAUACGUUUCACCAUCGGGUCCGACAAAAACUAUCGUCGAUGUUACCGUCAAGCAUUAUGCCGUAUAUAAAAGCGCCUUAAUCUUCUUUGGUCUAGUCGAUUGUAUUUAUGCUAAUUUUUUCAAGAAAGUUAACGUAUUAUCCGAUAACCAAUGGCCAUCGGUUUUGGCCGAAUAUAUCAGACAUAAUGACGAAGCCAUGUUAAAAGCCUCGGAACGUGUAUUAGCUACAUACCGCGAUGAGCUGUUACCGUGUACGUCUUUCGAGGAAUUUUGUGAUGUUGCCGGCUUACUGGACGAGGUAACGGAACCUACGUACAUAAGCGAUGUUUUGAGAAGACUUGGUUAAAAAGAUUAGAAAAAUGCUACGCUAUUGAAAGGAAAUGCGCUCUUUUACAUAAAAAUAUAACAGUUUUCCUCGAAUUGUCAAAUUUCAUCUUACUUUCAAUUUUAUUUUCUUUGUUUACAACGUGUACUACGUCUACGCGCACUCACUCCACGUUAUUAACUCUUCUUGUACAUCUCAGUAAGUUCCUUUCAUUAUCUCGAUCAUUAAAUAAAUACAAAUAAUUCCAAUUGCUCUGUGAACCAGCUCUGUAAAUUGCGAGUUAUUCGUUGGACAAAAAUCCAAUCAGUGUAUCGCGUGCUAUUCCGCAACUGUACGUUUCAAAAAAAUAUGUGCUUUAAUAAAAUACGAAAUAUAUUAUAAUUUAUACUUCGCUCCAGUAAUAUUUAUUUACGUUGCAUCCUGAUUUGCUAAUAAAAAGGUACAAAUUAUCACAUUUAAUCUCAGGUACGAAAAAAUACAUACAUACAUGUAUAUAUA